AAGGCUGCAUCAGAUAUUUAGCUGUUCACAACCUGGAUGGUCUGAGAGGAUGUUCAGCGGCUGUUAAAACACUUCUCAAAAGCAGACAACGAGGCCUACGAAAGAUCAUAACGAGAAAAAGUUUAGAUUAACUUUCUCAAAAAUUACUUAGCCCAUACGUUUAAUUAGAUUUAGAUUUUUUUUUGUUUGUUUGUUUGUUUUAGUUUGGGUAUUUUUUUUCUUUACAUCUCAUAUUUUCCAAGACGUGAAUCAUGUUCAAAAAGAACAAUGCAGAGAGAGUUCCCCUGGUGACAGAUGGGAGGAACACUUACACCGCUGUGGCAAGCAACCAGGAGGCAUUACAGAACGACGGUAUCGGCGGCAUCAAACAUUGCCAUGACAACAGCCGUGCUCAGGAGGAUCGCGAGCGAGAGAAGAAAGUUGCCAGGAAGAGGCUGUAUGUGGUCUCUGUUGUCUGCCUGAUUUUCAUGAUUGGUGAAAUCCUUGGUGGGUAUUUUGCAGGCAGUCUUGCCGUGAUGACAGACGCUGCCCACCUGCUGGUGGACUUCACCAGCUUCAUCAUCAGCCUGUUAUCCCUUUGGCUCUCCUCCAGACCUGCCACACACAGGCUCAGCUAUGGCUGGCACCGUGCAGAGAUCCUGGGUGCGCUGCUGUCGGUUUUCACCAUCUGGCUGGUAACAGGAGUGUUGGUUUACCUGGCUGUGGAGCGCCUCAUCAGCGAUGACUACGAGAUCGAGGGCACCAUCAUGCUCAUUACCUCCGGUUGUGCUGUGCUGGCCAAUAUUAUCAUGGCCCUCACCCUUCACCAGUCCGGCCACGGCCACAGCCACGGCGGGCUCAGCUCGCACGGUCACAGCCACGGUGGCAAGAAAAAAAAAGGACACGAUCAGAUCUCGAACCACGCUCACUCGAAUGAUGACCGCGUGGACGUGGAGCAGAACGGGCCAGACCACGGACGGAGGGCUCAGCAGGCCAAUGCCAGUGUGCGAGCGGCCUUCGUCCAUGUGGUGGGAGAUCUUCUCCAGAGCCUCAGCGUGCUUGUCAGCGCCAUCAUUAUCUUCUUCAAGCCAGAAUAUAAGAUAGCUGACCCCAUCUGCACCUUCCUGUUCUCCAUACUUGUCCUGUGCACCACCUUCACCAUCAUGAGAGACAUCCUUGUCGUCCUGAUGGAAGGCACUCCGUCAGGGGUGAAGUACAGCGAGGUGCGGGGUGGUCUGCUGGCAGUGAAGGGGGUCACAGCGGUCCACAACCUUCACAUCUGGGCCCUCACCAUGAACCAGGCUGUGCUGACCGCACACGUAGCCAUAGAUGAGUCAGUGGAUGCUCAGACGAUCCUAAGAGAAAUGACACAGAGUUGUUUCUCCUCCUAUAACUUCCACUCUAUCACCAUUCAAAUGGAGAGACAGGCCGACCUGAAGCCCGGAUGCACACUGUGUGAGGACCCCAAGAUGUAGGGACCUGCCUGAGUCAUCGUCUGAGCACAGCAGAACAAAGCCAAGCAAUGAUUUUAGCUGCUGUAACUCGUGGUGAUGACGGCAUUUAGUUAUUCUGCACUGCUCACUGGACCCUGAGGUCUUAUGUUUUACUGUGACAUUAAUGCCAAAGUCACAUCACUGUGCCUUUAAGUGCCUUUGCAUUGACAUUCCCAAAGAAAUGUUGAUAAUUAAAUAUAGAAAGGCUCAGGAUGUAAAUGAUUCCUAGGGGUGUAACUCUUUUACUCAGCUCGCUCCUGUGUGAAGUUUUAACCUGUUUAAAACUUUAAUGUUCAUGAGCUGUCUUUGCUUUUUUUUUUUUUUUUUUUUUUAAGUGUUUUCAUAUUAAAAUAGGAAUGAAUUAGUUUGAGUAACUGCUAAUUUAAACAUCUGUUCGUAUUUCUAAACGUGCAUCUUAACUGUUUGUUUACCUUCAGACUUAUGUGAAACAUCCAGGACGCGGUGCUAAAGUAUUGUUUGAUUGAGCAUCAACCUACUGUAUCAGCUCAAGAUGCUGGAUUAGGCCACAUCUUUUUGCACAAAGUCUGAUACAUGUGAAUGUAGACCAAUGAGUAUUUCUAUGCAUGGACUAUUACACCAGCAACCAGCAAAGUACUGUAUGUGGAGAGCAUCAUUUAUAUUUAAAUACAUGAUCAAGACACCUUUCCACUGCCUUUGUGCAGUGGUAAGGUGUAAGCCGAAAUGAAUUAUUCAAUAAA